AUGGAAAAGACCCAGGAAAUACAGCAGCAGAGCAGCUGUAUAGACCACUACACCACCAGCCCUGGACCACCACCACACCUGGACCACCACCACACCACCAGACCCAGACCACCACAACACCCCCAGCCCUGGACCACCACCACACCUGGACCACCACCACACCUGGACCACUACUACACCACCAGCCCUGGUUCACCACCACACCUGGACAACUACUACACCACCAGCCCCAGACCACCACAACACCACCAGCCCUGGACCGCCACCAGCCCUGGACCACCACCACACCUGGACCACCACCACAACACCCCCAGCCCUGGACCACCAACACACCUGGACCACCACCACAACACCCCCAGCCCUGUACCACCAACACACCUGGACCACCACAACACCCCCAGCCCUGGACCACCACCACACCUGGACCACUACUACACCACCAGCCCUGAACCACCACCACACCUGGACAACUACUACACCACCAGCCCUGGACCACCACAACAACCCCAGCCCUGGACCACCUCACCACACCACCAGCCCUGGACCACAACCUACACCACCAGCCCUGGACCACCUCACCACAACCUACACCACCAGCCCUGGACCACCUCACCACAACCUACACCACUAGCCCUGGACCACCUCACCACUACACCACCAGCCCUGGACCACCUUAACACUACAUCUGAACCUAAACAGGCAAAAACAGACUAG